UGCACAGUUCCCUUAAAGUGGAAUCUCAUGUAGAUAGGGUGAAAAAUAAAUCUUUUGGUGUGCUGGCCUUUAUAAAUCAGAGCAUUGAGUAUAGAAGUUGGGAUGUAAUGUUAAAAUUGUACAAGGCAUAGGUGAGGCCAAUUCUGGAGUAUGGUGUACAAUUUUGGUUGCCUAAUUUUAGGAAGGAUGUCAACAAAAUAGAGAGCGUACAGAGGAGAUUUACUAGAAUGUUGCCUGGGUUUCAGCAACUAAGUUACAGAGAAAGGUUGAACAAGUUAGGGCUUUAUUCUUUGGAGCGCAGAAGGUUAAGGGGGGACCUGAUAGAGGUCUUUAAAAUGAUGAGAGGGAUAGACAGAGUUGAUGUGGACAAGCUUUUCCCUUUGAGAAUAGGGAAGAUUCAAACAAGAGGACAUGACCUCAGAAUUAAGGGACAGAAGUUUAGGGGUAACAUGAGGGGGAACUUCUUUAGUCAGAGAGUGGUAGCUGUGUGGAAUGAGCUUCCAGUGGAAGUGGUGGAGGCAGGUUCAUUUUUAUCAUUUAAAAAUAAAUUGGAUAGUUAUAUGGAUGGGAAAGGAAUGGAGGGUUAUGGUCUGAGUGCAGGUAGAUGGGACUAGGGGAGAAUACGUGUUCGGCACGGACUAGAAGGGUUGAGAUGGCCUGUUUCCGUGCUGUAAUUGUUAUAUGGUUAUAUAGUGCACUAUAAACACUAUUAUAAAUGAGGAAAAAAAGUUCAGUGUGUGUAUAUAUCAUAUAUAUAUAUGCACACCUACACACACACACACACACACACACACACACACACACACACACACACACACACACACACACACACACACACACACACACACACACACACACACACACACACACACACACACACACACACACACACACACACACAGUCAGCCAUAACAAAGCAUUUAUUCCUUCCAAACACAGUCGGACCUAAUAAAGCAUUGCACUUUCAAGCACAGGCAGGGCAGCAGGCUAAACAAAUCAUGGCAUUGUCGUUAAGGGCUAACAAAUCAUUUAUUGCAAGUACAUUGCAGACUCACGGUUCAGUUGAUUCACAGCUCAGAAUGACAGUUCUGGCCUCUCCCUCGCGAUCUUGCAGAGUGACUGACUCACGUCCAGGCAUCUGUGGUUUUAUAGUCCUACCCUCCACCUCCCCCGGCAGGGGCGUUACCUUCAUCGCGGUGAUUGACAGGCGAGAGGACCAAUCAGCUGAUCGCAAGGUUUUUUAAACACUCAUACCUUUUUUAAUUUUCACCGAUGGGAAAAAUCCUCGGUGCUGGCUCAGUGGAGGAGGACUGUGAGUAAGGUGGCCAAAAAAUCACAGCGAAACAGGGUAGCAUUUUUUCUAAAAUCAAUAUACAGCGCGGACAGGAAGUGCUCAAGAUGAGACUGUUAGUUAUAUAGAUAUGCAUAUAUAUACACAUACAUAUCCAUACAUACACACACAUAUAUAUACACCUACAUACAAACAAUAAUAGUACAUAAAGACAAAAGUCUAUGUAGUUCAGAGCUCAUUUGGAGGUUGUAGUGUUCACCGGCUCUGUCCUCAAUAGUGACUACUCGAAGGGAUUUAUUGUAGUCACUGCCUCAAAAAGGCUGCCAACAUCAUCAGAGACCCACACCAUCCUGGCCACACACUCAUUUCACCGUUGCCAUCGGGAAGAAGGUACAGGAGCCUGAAAUCUGUAACGUCCAGGUUGAGGAACAGCUUCUUCCCCACAGCCAUCAGACUAUUAAACAUGACAUCAAAUAAGCUCUGAACAAUAACAGCCUAUUAUUAUUAUUGCACUUUAUCUGUUUAUUUAUUGUGUGUACAUGGUCUAUGGUCUAUAGACACCCUGAACGUUUAUCUCCUGUUCUGUACCAUGUUUACAUACUCUGUUGUGCUGCAGCAAGCACAAAUGUCAUUGUCCUAUCUGGGACACAUGACAAUAAAACUCUCUUGACUGUUAAUAGUGCUGAAGCUAACUUUGUAUCACUUACAGAUCUGUGAGCUGGGAACUUGCUACAGGAUGGGGUUUGACAAACUAUCUUCAAGGGAUCCUUUUUAUCGGACGUGAUGCCGGCCAGAAACCUCGCCCAUCCACGUUCUCCAGAGAUACUGCCUGACCCGCUGAGUUACUGCCAGAGCUUUAUGCCGAUCUGCACUGGACAAUGUCUGAGGCCAACAUCAGCUCGGCGGGCUCCACCCCCAACACAACCAGCGAUCCCUGCACCAAAUACGUAGUGUCGGUCAAGGUCCCCAUUAUCUUCAUGACCAUCGGGAUUGUAUCCAACAGCAUAGCCUUCGUCAUUCUAGUGAAGGCUUACAAGAGGUUCAGGCAGAAAUGGAGAGCUUCCUUCCUGCUGUUUGCCAGCUCGCUGGUCUUCACGGAUUGCUUGGGGCAUAUCAUCACCGGGGCAAUAACGGUCAGCAUCUACGCCCAGGGGAAGGACUGGGGGGAACUUGACCCUUACGGGUACCUCUGCUCCACACUGGGGACCUGCAUGGUUUUCUUUGGGCUGGUUGCGUUGUUCCUGGGCAGCGUCAUGGCGAUCGAGAGAUGCCUGGGCAUCACGCAACCUUUCUUCCACUCCGUCAACGUGAGGGCGCGCUGCGCCAAGAUAAUCCUGGGCUCCAUCUGGACGUUUGCCCUGUGCGUCGCCCUGCUGCCCAUCCUGCACUUCGGAGAAUACACCGUACAGUGCGCCCAGACCUGGUGCUUUAUAAAGACCCAGAACGUCACCCUGGCCAAAGAGAGAGCGAUUCUGCUCCUCUUCUCAUUCCUGGGUUUGGGCGCUCUGGGCAUCUCCUUGAUAUGCAACACCAUCAGUGGCGUGACUCUGGUGAGGACACGGGCCAAGACCAAACCCCACCGCAGGGGAAAGUCCCAGCAUGUGGAGAUGUUGGUCCAGCUAGUCACCGUCAUGUGUGUCUCCUGCAUCUGCUGGGGACCAUUCCUGGUGACUACGGUGAUGAUAGGCUGUUCGCACGAGGGCCCUCAGACCAGAAGCUCCCUGCUCCUGGGAGUACGGAUGGCAGCUUGGAAUCAGAUCCUGGAUCCCUGGGUCUACAUCCUGCUGCGGAGGUCCAUGCUGAGGAGGGGAUACGAUGUUGUGCAGCUGUGCCGGGGGAAGCAAGACGUGGGACACUCCAGAUGGGACUGCAGCACCCUGGAACGGUCCAUCAAGUCGGCGGCUAUGGAACGCACGCUGGCCUCCAUGAGAAAGCAAUCGCAGAAAACCUGAGCAUCCCGGCGAUGCUGGUUGACUUGUGCGUGAGUUAUGUCAAGGCUUUGUAAGCUUUGGGUAGUAGACCCUAUGGGACACACAGACUGGUCUUUGCAACCCUCUGCUGCACUAAAACCUUCCUUGUUGGUUCCUCCGACACGAGUCUUGGAUAGACGAGCGGCCAGGAUAUCAAGAGAAGAUUUCGCAGUGGAGAUGACGAAAUGUGCCAGAAGGAACUGCAGAUGCUGGUUUCAACUGGAGGACAGACACAAAAUGCUGGAGUAACUCAGCGGGUCAGGCAGCAUCUCUGGAGAAAGGGAAUAGGUGAUGUUU